UUUAUCAACACUAAUUCAUCAUCACACAUCAAAACAAAACAACUUCAUCAUAAUAUUCAACAAAGGUACAAGUUACAACAAACAACAUGAGUGCAGCAACAAAAGCUUGGGUAGUAGCAUCAAGCAUAGGAGCAGUGGAAGCAUUAAAAGACCAACUUGGUGUAUGCAGGUGGAACUAUGCUUUUAGAUCACUUCAUCAACAUGCUAAGAACAAUAUUAGAUCAUACUCUCAAGCCAAGAAAUUGUCCUCUGCUUCAUCUGCUGCUGUUUCGAAUAAGGUGAAGAGAAGCAAGGAAGAAUCUAUGAGGAAAGUCAUUGACUUGAAUUGCUGGGGUCCUAGUACUGCAAGGUUUUAAUAUUGUGGACAUUUAAUUAAUGCUGAUUUAUAAUGUAUUGUAAUGUAAUAAAUCCAUUAUGAUGCAGGUUAGAUACUAGUUACUACUUUUUAUCCAUCCCAUCUCAUCUUAUGUAUCAAAUUCAUCCAAAAUUUUGUUCGUUAAUGCUUAUGAAUCAAGAAAACUGAAAAUUGAGA